AUGGAAUUUGAGUUUGAUGAUCAGGAACGGUUCUGUGCGACUCCUAAGCUUCCUCUCUUCUCGAUUCCACUGAACAGAGCAUCUCAGACUCCUGGCCUAGCGACGCCGCCUGUGAACAUCGCCGGAACGGUCCCGUUUCUGUGGGAGGAAGCUCCGGGGAAGCCUCGUGUUUCCGAUGAGAACAAACCGCCGGCGUCCAAGCUGAACGCUGGAGGAGUCGUGCGGUGCCUUGAGCUUCCGCCGAGGUUGUUUUUUCCAGGUGCGAAUGAGCCAUCUCCGACCACAGUUCUCGAUGGUCCUUACGAUCUACCUUGCCGGUCUCUCUCGGUGAUAAGGAGAAGCGAAAAGGAAAGUGAGGGCAGAUUGGAGUUUUCACGUUCCAUGAACGGCCGCUGCUGCGACGGCGGUGGCACAACGGUGAAGAUCAGUAGAGUUAGAAGAAAAGGAAGCCUCUUGAAUCUCUCUCCUUCCAAAUCACAAUUCUUGGUAAGUUUCGGAACAACGGAACAACGCUGCUAA